UAUUAAAAAUAUUUUGAGUUAGGGAAUUUGCAUCGUCAAAAUUAUAACUGCAGGGCCUAACGUUCUGAAACCACUGUUUAUUUAGUGUUAAAUGCCUACAUUUAAAGGGAUUUACUUUUGGUUUUAUAAAACCUGUAUUAGGACAUAAGACAGAUAUUCCUGAACUCAAUUGCGUCCUUUCGUGUUUUGUGAGUGUUGAGUAAAACGUUGACUGCCUUUCAUUAUUUUCCUUGUCAAUACGAAUUCUAUGAAGCAGGGAAAGACGGGAUCUGAAGUUAACAGCACUGCUACAAUGAUUGUACCUGAUUCCAAAAUGCCAGCAGCAAAAGUGACACUUUUCCCAGCAGAAUUUGUGCAGUUGGGCUGGAGACAAACCCAUUACGUAGGAGAAUGGUUAAUUUUGGAAACACUUGUUACAUCAAUUCAUCACUGCAGGCCCUGUUCCACGUACCAGCGUUUGUUAACUGGCUGCAGAGUGAGAGCCGUCACUUACAAGAAUGUAAUGGAGAGAGUAUAGGAGACUGCAUUAUUUGUGCAAUGUACCGCACUUAUAAGUCAUCACAAAAUAUAUUAGGCAUUGUAAUUAAGCCAAUUCUCAUUUACAGAAGACUGAAAUAUAUCUGCAAUCACUUUGCAUAUGGCCGGGAAGAAGAUGCUCAUGAAUUUAUGAGAUAUCUUUUACACAGCAUGGAGGAAGCAUAUCUCGCAGGCUAUAUUGGCGAGAAGCUUGACACUUUCAGCAGAGAAACAACCCCAAUAAACCAGAUAUUUGGAGGUUAUAUUAGAACAGAAGUGACAUGUUCAGAAUGUGGGUCAGUGUCUACAACAUUCCAACAUUGUCAGGACUUUCUUCUGGAUAUUGAACAUGUAUCCACAGUAGACGAUGCUUUAGAUGAUUAUUUCUCCACCGAACGUCUGGAUGGGGAUGAUGCUUAUUACUGUAGAGGAUGCAACAAGAAAGUUGUGGCUACAAGGAAGUUUUCUUUGGAGAAAAAUCCACAAGUUUUAUGUUUACAAUUCAAGAGGUUCAACUUCUCGGGAAGGAAGAUCGAGAAGCACGUGACAAUUUCAGAACGACUGGAUAUUACAAGGUUCCUUUGUCCUUCAUCAGCUCACCAUAGCUCAGAGCCACUUAUAUACCAUCUAGUUUCUAUGGUCACGCACAUUGGUUUAUCAGUCAAAUCUGGACACUAUACUGCAGUGGCAGGAAUGUGUGCCGGUCAUUACUUUGAGUUUGAUGACAAGUUAGUGUAUCACAUGUCAGUGUCAGAAGUUUUAGAAACUAAUGCAUACAUUCUGCUCUAUGAGUGUGAACCUUGUGAGGAACCUGAAGAUUCAUUAGCAUCACAGCAGCGUGAAGGAUGUACCACAGCCACCAGAAGGAUUAAACACAACAAUAGAUAAUGUUUCGGCAAUGCUGAUGCUUUACCCGUGCCACCAGGUAAAGAUAGAUCUAAUGGAUGCCAAGGUCUUCUGAAGGAUCAAGUCUACCGCAAGAUACCCCACAGCAUUAAGGAAUGUAAAGAAUGGAUUACUCAGGAUAUACUAGAAGUUGGCAGCAGAUGGCAGUGAAUCCUGGAACUGGUGUUGGAGGUUGGAAGUGUGAAUGGGUUCAGGCUCUUGGAAUGAAAACUUCACAUCAGGAAAAGACAAAUAGCCUCUGCAGGGGUUGAAACAGUGAACUCCAUCAUGUAGACUGUCAUCGUAAGAAGAUGAAGUAUAAUAAUUUCCAAGACUACAUGAAUUACAGAGGAAAAAUAACAGAGUUGCUGAAGUACCUGUUGUAUGAUACCAAUCUCUUCUGUGAUGUGCCACAUUUUACAAGAUAAAAUCACUAACAAGCAAAGGGGUGACAACUGUAAGUUGGAAAGCCUGGGAACUUAGUGAUACUGUGGAGCAGACCCAAGGCAAGAAGGCUGGCAAGCCUGAUGAGUAGAAAGUGGCUAUUAGGAUGUUGGAAGUGACAGUUGGAGCUGGUGGAACAUGACUUGUACUAUUCUUCACCAGAUGUGUAUAAAAUGUGCAUUUAUUGUCCCUCUCUUUUCAGGCUGCAGAACUUUGAUCCAUAAGAACACUGUGAAGCAGAGACUGCUACGGGCAUGUGCUGUAUGCCAGUAGAAAGACAGUGAGAAUUAUGUUUUGAACACAUAUCAACCAUACAAAAUAAUACGAGGUCCUCCAGGUUGGGGGUUAGUCGCAAGGCUAACAACCUUGCACGGUAAAAAGUAAGAUGUUUCGAAACCUCAAUCAAAGCCUCGGACAGACGGACUUAACAGAGCAGUGGAGGAUAGGACCGAAUGGAAGAGAAGAACUGAGGAGGCCAUGGACCAAAUAUGGACCGGAGAGCCAUAGAAGAAGAAGAAGAAAGUAAUACGAAAUGUCAUAUUUGACAAAACUCAAUCUGUCAAAGUUUGGUUCAGAGCUAAAGAACUGCUAGAGUUAUUUCGGCUUCAUGUGUCAAGCCCACAGCUGCAUCUUCCUCAGUUUUCACAUAUUAUUCUAAAUUAAACUGAAAUACACAACUGUGGGGUCAAGGUGAGUCUCAUGUGCCACCUGUGGUGUGUCAGUGCACAGAAACUUCUGAAUCAUCAUGUAUAUUUAAAAAAUGCAACAAAGAGAAGAAUUUCUUGUAAAAACUACACUUCCAGUAAUUUUAUUUAUAUAUUACUGUGUCCUUGUUGUGAUAUCUUGUGGGUCAAGUGUGUGUGUCUCUCUCACACACACAUGAAUGCACACACGUGUAAAAAUUUGCACAUGUACACACACCAGAGCAGGCGAUAGUUCCAUACAGUGCAUUAGUGCCAUGAUAAUUAACCUUCAUAUUUAAGCUAAAAAGAAACUAACUAUACAUAUAAAAACCAAAAUACCUUUUGUGUAAUAUCAUUCAGUAAGAUUUUGAAAUAUAUGUAAAUCAAACAAAACAUAAAAUUCUUACACAACCAUUUAUGUACUGAAAACUCAACCCCAAUUACAAGCAAAACAAAAUACUAAUAAAACUAUAAUUACAUAUCCUA